AUGAUAAAGGAGCACAUGAUUGACGUGGUCCGAUUAAUGGUGCAAUCGAUGGAUGAUGGGGAAAUAAGUGUAUCAGCUUAUGAUACAGCUUGGGUUGCUCUUGUGAAAGACAUCAAUAAUAAUCCUCAAUUCCCUUCAUGUAUUCAAUGGGCCAACAAUCAACUUGUUGAUGGCUCUUGGGGUGACAAAUUCAUAUUUUUGGCUCAUGAUCGUAUCAUCAACACAUUGGCAUGUAUUAUUGCCUUGAAAUCUUGGAAUGUGCAUCACCACAAAAGUGAACUAGGAAUGUCGUUUAUCAAAGAGAAUUUAAGCAAGAUUGCAGAUGAAAAUGUUGAGCAUAUGCCAAUCGGAUUUGAAGUGGCAUUUCCUUCACUUAUUGAGAUUGGAAGAAAUAUCGGCAUUCAUAUUCCGGAUGAUUCUCGUGUUUUGAGAGACAUAUAUGACAAAAGAAAUCUAAAACUCACAAGGGUGCCGAGAGACAAAAUGCACAAAGUGCCGACACCGUUACUCUUCAGUUUGGAAGGGAUGCCAGAUUUGGAGUGGCAAAAGCUACUUCUCUUGCAGUGUGCUGAUGGUUCUUUCCUCUUUUCUCCAUCCUCCACUGCCUUUGCAUUUAUGCAGACUAGAGAUCAUAAUUCUCUCAAUUAUCUCACCAACAUUGUUCACAAAUUCAAUGGCGGAGUUCCAAAUGUAUAUCCGGUGGACUUAUUUGAGCACAUUUGGAUUGUUGAUCGAUUGCAAAGACUUGGAAUUUCUCGGUAUUUUGAGGCAGAAAUUAAAGAAUGUGUCGAUUAUGUCAAUAGAUAUUGGACAAAUGAAGGAAUCUGCUGGGCUAGAAAUUACAGAUUUCAAGACAUUGAUGUCACGGCCAUGGGUUUUAGACUUUUAAGGUUGCAUGGCUACGUUGUUUCUACUGAUGCAUUCAAAAUCUUUGAGAGCAAGGGUGAAUUCUUUUGCGUGGCGGGACAAACAAGUCAGGCUGUGACUGGAAUGUAUAAUUUAUUUAGAGCUUCACAGUUAAUGUUUCCUAAAGAGAAGAUACUUGAUGAUGCAAAGAAAUUCUCCUCCAAUUUCUUGCAAGAAAAACGUUCUCAAAAUCAACUUAUAGACAAAUGGAUCAUCACCAAAGAUCUCCCUGGAGAGGUACGGUAUGCAUUAGACGUACCGUGGUAUGCCAAUUUGCCUCGCUUAGAAACAAGGUUCUUUCUCGAACAAUAUGGUGGUGAAGACGAUGUGUGGAUUGGCAAAACUUUAUACAGGAUGCCCUUAAUCAAUAAUAACACAUAUUUGGAGCUGGCAAAAUUGGAUUACAACCAGUGCCAAGCACUGCAUCAGCUUGAGUGGAAAAGCAUUCUCCAGUGGUACAAAGAAUGUAGAUUAGUAGAGUUUGGAUUGAGCGAAAGAAGCUUAUUGGUGAGGUAUUAUUUGGCGAUGGGAAGUGUAUUUGAACCAGAAAGGUACAGAGAGCGACUGGUUUGGGCCAAAGUUGCUGCUAUUAUGGAGACUAUUCAAUGCCUCAAUUCUAAUGCUAAGACAGGACAGAGGCUCGUCGAAACUCUACUUGAAGCAUUGAUGACUCAUGGCAUAGACAUCCAUCAACACUUGCAUCAUGCUUGGGAAAAGUGGAUGAUAUUGGAAGAGGGAGGCGAAGGAAAAGGAGGUGCAGAACUACUAAUUCGGACGCUAAAUUUGUGCACCGGCAAGUCAGAUGAGCUAUUGUUGUCGCAUCCUAUGUAUCAAAAGCUCCUCAACAUAUCCAAUAGAGUUUGUCACCGUCUUCGUCUCUUCCACCACGCAAAGGUACCGAAUAUGAAGGAUCGAAGUAUUGAACAUGACAUGCAACAACUAGUUGAACUUGUGCUAUCCAAAUCUGAUGAAGAUAUAGAUGCCAACGUCAAGCAAACGUUUCUUAAUGUAGCCAAGAGUUUUUACUAUGUUGCUUAUUGUAGUCCAACAAUGAUCAAUCUCCACAUUGACAAGGUGCUCUUCCAAAGAGUACUUUAA